UCAUCAAUUAGGAUGCAUUGAAAUCACCUGGCUCCAUUAUAAAAAACCCUUCUGUGUUGUUUGGACCAGUGAGUGGUCCGUUGUAUUUUAAAUGUUGUGAUGGAUUUAUAUUUAUGUCUUUGUGUAGUGUUGCUACAGUUGACAGGCACCCUGCAAGAAGUUGUUUCAGCUGAAAGCAAUCCCUUAAAGUGCAGCAGAGGGUCCAUGCCAUGCAGGGAUGGCUCGGAGUGUGUUCUCUACAGCCACGUGUGUGAUGGGGAGCCGGAUUGCCGGGAUGAAUCGGAUGAAGAGGGCUGUGAAGUAGCUUGCAAUGAUGACCAAUUUCAGUGUGCCCACGGGAAGAAGUGCAUUGACAAGAACGAGGUGUGCGACGGUGUACCUCAGUGUCAGGACAGGUCAGAUGAGUUCCAUUGUUUGGGACAAGCCAAGGAAUGCGUUCACCACUGCGACAGCAACAACCGCUGCUUGCCUGCAUCGUUGCUGUGUGAUGGUGAAAAAGACUGUUUAGACGGAACGGAUGAGGAAAAUUGCGGGGAAGAUGAUGGGAAUGGAAAUGAAAGAAGCACUUCAACCACUACACAUCCUGUCAAAAUUAAAGGUUUGAAACCUAUCAAGUGCCCUUUGGGGUCCAAAGCCUGCAACGACGGGACUGGAUGUGUCCUCUUCAACGAUGUGUGUGAUGGUGAAAAUGACUGCAAAGAUGGAUCUGAUGAAAAAGAAUGCUCGUCCACCUGUGGACAAGACCAGUUCCAGUGUGCCCAUGGUAAAAAAUGCAUAGAGAAGAACCAGGUGUGUGACGGUGUACCUCAGUGUCAGGACCGCUCUGAUGAACAAAGAUGUUCCAAAUACAUGGACGGCUGCGCUUAUCAGUGCGAUGGAGGGAGCCGCUGCAUUCCUAAUAGCUUCCUUUGUGAUGGCGAGAUGGACUGUGGGGAUGGCAGUGAUGAGUUAAACUGCGAUCUUAAGGACUGCAGUGCAAGUGACUUCAGGUGCACGAGUGGUCAGUGUGUAUCUGCUACAAUGCACUGUGAUGGCCACCCCGACUGCUGGGAUCAUUCUGAUGAGGAAGGGUGCAUCAAAGAGCCGAUCUGUAUAACCAAGCACCGCUGUCCUCAGAGCAAGGAGUGUUUAGUGCAGGAGUGGAUCUGCGAUGGCGAACAGGACUGCAAAGAUGGCACGGAUGAAAAGGACUGCCCUGCAGCAGUGCCACUGACUUGUGGUGAUUACCAGUGGUCAUGCAAAUCCAAGACCAAAUGUAUCCCCACGGCCUGGAGGUGUGAUGGCACCAAAGACUGUGACGAUGAAAGCGAUGAAAUGGAGUGCGACUUGGCGGCAUGUCUCCCUCAUCAGUUCCAGUGUGGCAGUUUAGAGUGUGUGGAUACAUCCCUGGUUUGCAAUGGAAUCGGGAACUGUGCGGAUGGUUCGGAUGAGGACGGGAAUUGCCAAAUCAAUUGUGAAGAAGCGGAUAACAGCCGCUGCUCUCAGGGCUGCUUCAGCACACCGCAGGGUCCGCAAUGUCGCUGUGCAGCGGGCUACAGACUCGCGCCUGAUGGAGUGACCUGCGCCGAUGUUGACGAGUGUGACGAUCCCAGCUCUGUGUGUAGUCAACUGUGUGUAAAUACUCCGGGCUCCUACAAGUGCGACUGUCAUCCAGGCUACAUCAUGGAGGCCGGUGAACGCAACUGCAAAAUUAAGGGUGAACCUUUACUGUUGUCGUCAGUCCAAACGGAUCUCUUUCUGUUUGGCUUACGCACCAGCAGCUUGGAUGUCUUAUCUUCCUCUGCCAAGAAGGCAAUCCUGUCUCUGGACUAUGACUGGUACAAGCAGAGGGUCUUUUGGGUCACUCUCGACACCGACAGCAUCAGGUGGUCCUCUCUGGAUCAGAGGACGACGGGGACUCUAAUUGGAGGGGUACGGGCUGAUUCUCUAGCUGUGGACUGGCUCGGGAGAAAUUUGUACUGGAUUGAUGGCGUCAACAGUCAGAUUGUUGCGAUGGAACUCGCAACGGUUGGGUCGCAACACCAGAGUGUUAUCUUGGAUGAAGACCUGGAUCAGCCUCGCUCCCUGGCCCUAUUUCCAGAAAAGGGGUUGAUGUUUUGGACUGAAAUUGGCAACAUGGUGAAGAUUGAAAGAUCUGGAAUGGAUGGAUCCGAGAGGAGGGCUGUGGUGGUUUCCAGUUUAGGCUGGCCAGGCGGUGUAGCGGUGGACACUCUGGCCGACAGAGUCUACUGGACUGACGAAAGACUCAAGGCGAUCGGUUCCGCGACGCUGGAUGGCGGUGAUAUUCGGAUCCUACAGAUGGAAGAGACGGCCAACCCGUUCUCCUUGGUUGUGUUCAAUGACAUGCUCUACUGGUCUGAUGCAAAGAGGCGAGUGGUGCAGGCCGCCCAUAAAGUUACUGGCAAAAAUGUUCGAGUUCUCUUGAAGAGACCAAGACAACCUUUUGGUGUGAAGAUUGUCCACCCAACGUUACAGCUAAGCACAGACAAUCCCUGCAAGAAGAAAGCCUGCUCCCAUCUUUGUGUUUUGGCUCCUGGGCUCAAAGCAGUGUGCAAGUGUCCUUCUGGUCUUCUAUUGGCCGACAAUGAUGUGACUUGUACCGGCUUGGUCGAUACAGCCUUCCUGCUGAUGUUGUCGCCCUCCACGGUCACAAAGAUUUACCUUCAGGCUCGGCAUACGGCAGCGGCAUUAAAAGGCUGGCCCGAGCACACAGCCCUGCAGGUGCCAAGCGUCAACGAAGCAACGUUGAUGGACUACAGUUUACAUGACCACAUCCUCCUCUUGGCAGAUGAGGGCACGACGUCGCUCAGCGCCUUCCAACUUAAAGACUUGGAUUUAACCUCCAAAGGCCAGCUUCUCAAGCUAGUUGGUGACGCAAUCACCGCAAUGGCGUUGGACUGGGUAACCUCCGAUAUCUAUUGGAGCAGCAGCAAGCAACCCCGCCUGCAUGUCACCUCCAGCAGGGGUGGAUAUAGCGCCGUUCUGAUAAAGGAGGCUAUAGGUAGAGUCCAAUCCAUUGCUCUGAAUCCACCCAGAGGGAUGGUGUGUUUCGUCAAUCAGGGUCUGCAGGACACAAACGCGGCGGCUAUGGUGGAGUGCGCCAACAUGGAUGGCGCCGCAAGAAGAGUGGUGUGGAAGGAUGCUGUUCAACCGACCUCUCUGGUUUUCUCCAGUAACGGAGACACGAUUCUGUGGGCUGAUACCGGUCUAGAUGUGAUUGGUUCUGUCCAACUUGAUGGAUCUGGAUACAAAGAAGUGAAGGUUGCUGAUGGCUUGGCUGCUGUAGCUCUUAGUGAAGACACGCUACUAUGGAUGACUGUCAAUGAUAAGACAAGACUCUGGUACAUGGAUGAACAGCAGCAGAAGAAAUUGUGGUUCGAAGUUGGCACAGAAGUGGUCAACAUGAAGGCGUUCAGCAAACUCAGUCAGAUCGGUUCUAACCAGUGCAAAGUAAACAACGGCCACUGCCAGCACUUGUGCUUGGCUACCCCGGAAGGCCGAACGUGCAAGUGUGCCCAUGACUACAUCAGCGUGAAUGCGACGCACUGUUCACCAGAGCAGCGCUGCCCUGCUGGCAGCAGGUCUUGUCUGGACCAGCUUUCAUGCCAGCCUGUUGAAAAGUUCUGCAACGGGCAUAUAGAUUGCUCCGAUUACUCGGAUGAGAAUUGUGUCAAUCCAAAACCGAGGUCUGGAUUAAAAAUACCUGCUGUCACAGAAUCUCCCAUCGCCCCCACUGGACAAUCACCAUCACCGGUCUCGGGAUUCAGUUCUACCUCAAAUGUGAGCAAACGGCUCUUAAACGUCGAUGAUGUAUGUGGCAAGAGACGCUGCAAUGGAAAUGGCCGCUGCACGGGGAAUGAAGCGGAGAAAGCGUGUAAAUGUUCGACGGGCUACAGCGGUGACUCGUGUCAGCACAAGUCCCUGCAAGGUCCAAUUAUGUACAGCGCCGCCAGUGUCUGCGCAGUGGCGGUUAUUGCGGUGAUCGCGGUGGUGAUAAAGCGGAAGGCCGGUACCAACUCAAGAAGGGAAAACCCAGAAGCGAUGAAGGAAACCGGUAUGACUGACCUAGAGAGUAAAACUGCAAAAUCUCCCAGUCCAGUGAUGUCUGCAGAAGACACCGGAAAUGAAGCCGUAUCGUCUGUGGACUAAUGAUGGCACAACAAGGUUUUUAAAUAAAGAUUGCACCAGACAACCAUGUAU